AUGCUGAUGCAUCCCCGUUGUAAUGACAGCAACAUGCCGCAUAUGGCAUCAGCGGAGUUGGUGCCGCUCGAGGCGCAGCCCUGUGGGCUCAAUGCGGAGCAAGAUCCGCCAGCACAACUGGAAGCUGCGCACGACCCCUCAGCUGCUGCCCCCGACUCCGACUCUGCCGGAGACGCUGAACCCUUCUUCGAAGCCUCAGCUGACGAGAUCGAUCUCGACGCUGAUCCGUUGACUCGCGACAGUAACCCCUCAGAGGCGUCAGACUGGAACUUCAAGUUCUUUUCUUCUCGUUUCGCGCCACGUGUCGCAGCGGCUUUGGACGCGGAACAGCUCACCCGCAACCUAAGGUCCCUUCUCACGGAGAUAGAGGCCGGACCGGAGAUUAGUGCGAUGCUGGAGAAGGAGCUAACAGCCUGGCUCAAGUCGGUAGAGGGGAAGGUGCACCCGGUUGAGCACUUCGUGGCAGGCAGCUUCGGCCGUCACGUCCCUGUGUGGGAGGAGCUGCUGAAGGACUCCUCGCGGCCUGCUUCGAAAACGGUGUUGUCCUGGUUACGAAACGGCAUAAAGCCGUCUUUCGUUGGCACAGCCCAGUGUGAUCCCAAGAAGCUGGAGAGGGUGAAACUCAUGCUCCGGAGAACCAUAGGGGAGGCGAAAGUCGAAGAGUGGCUCUCGGGGGACGUGCCGCAUCCUGUAGAGUUCCCCAAUCACCGCUCGUUCCACGAGAACGCAGACUUUGGCAUCAAGACGGUCGGCGAGAUGCUAGUCAACGGCUCCGUUGAGCUUUGCCCCCCGGGUCAGCGCAAACCGAAGGUGGUUAACCCCCUAGGAGUCGUUAACCUCCCCAAAGGGCGCCUAGUGUUAGACGCCGGUUACGUAAACGCCUUUUUGAAACCGCGCCCGUUCAAAUACGAGACACUCCGCGACAUUCUAACAUUUCUGGCCGCCAACGGCUUCUUCUCGACGUGGGACUUCAAGGCGGGUUACUACCACGUGCUCAUUCACCCCCGCUUUCGGACUUACUUCGGUUUCAGGAUUGGCAAGGCCUACUUCCGGUACAACGCAAUGUGCUUCGGUUGGUCCGAACAGUGCUAUGCGUACACGCUGAUCACUCAGGAAGCCGCCAAGGAGCUCCGAAUCAGGGGUGUCCCCGUUUCAAGUUACCUGGACGACGGGUUAACCGCCAAUCAGAGCUAUGCCCUCUGCCUCUGGCUCAUUGUGGUGAUCAUCCAAUUCCUCACCCUCCUCGGGGCGGUUUUCAGCCUGUCUAAGUGCCAAUUCUGGCCGUCCCAGACGGGCGAGUGGCUCGGAUUCGUGGUCGACACUCCGGCGGAACAGUUCAGGGUUGCGGCGGAUAAGCUAGCCAAAGCGAUGCAAGGACGCAUUUCCUGGGAUGAGGUUUUUCCCACGCCUUUGGCGGCCAAAACAACCGCCAAACUCUUCUUGGAGCGCCUCGACGACUGGAACGGCAGGCGCUGGUUUCCGCGCCGGAUCCUGAUUGAAGCUGCUUCUGAUGCAUCUGACUUCGGGUUUGGGGGAUCCCUCCACAUCGCCGGCAGCCCCCCCUUCCACGUGGCGGGAUCCUUGACGGAGGCGGAGGUCAGCCAAUCAAGCACGGCGCGCGAGAUGAUUGGCUUUCUUCGCGUUCUGCAACAAGCCGUCCUCCACCACCGCCCUCUCCUUUCGGGGGCAGCGGUUUUGUUGGUUGGCAACAAUCAAGGCGCGGUGGCGGCAGUCAACAGCAUGAGGAGCUCGGCGCCGGACGUUAACACCGUUCUCCAGGAAAUCUUCACGUUAUGCUCUGAAGGAGAUUUCGACGUUCUAGCAUAG